AUGGCUCCUUAUGAGGCUCUAUACGGACGCAGAUGUAGAUCUCCUAUUUGCUGGGAGGAAGUUGGGGAAAGAAAAUUAACCGGAGCAGAGAUUAUACAAGUUACAUCAAAAAAGGUACCAUUGAUUAAACAACGCCUGAAUACUACUUUUAGUCGACAAAAGAGUUACGCAGACCCGAAAAGAAAGGAUAUAGAAUUUCAAGUUGGAGAUUACGUUUUCCUUAAGGUAUCACCUAUGAAAGGUGUAAUUCGUUUUGGCAAGAAAGGAAAAUUAUCUCCAAGAUAUGUGGAUCCCUCCCGUAUUGUCCAACCACAGACAGCAGAAGUGAGUGAGGAAUUAACAUACGAAGAAAAACCAGUAGAGAUUGUAGACUCACAAGUACGAAAACUACGCACCAAAGAAAUUCCAAUGGUAAAAGUUCUUUGGAGAAAUCAUUCUGUCGAAGAAUGUACGUGGGAGACAGAAGAUAGUAUGCGGCAGAGAUAUCCGUACCUGUUUGACCCUGGAAAAAUCAGAGUUUAG